AGCUCCGGGCGGUUCUGGGUAGGCUGUCGUUCCGCUAGCUGCAGAACGCAGACUUCGGCUGACCGUGACUGAGGUGGGAGCUGCGCUCCUUCCUGAGAGCAUCGGGUUCUCCGGCCUGCCUUCACUCGUUUCGGUGUCUAGAGCGAGACUGACUUUCAGUUUGCUUUGCCCAUGUGUGUACCAGAAUCAGUGCUGUUUGAGCCUGACAGGAUUGACUUUACAAAUGAGACAUUUAUGUCACAUCUGCCAAGAAGUGUGAUUUAAAUUAAACUUUAACUUUUACAAGUUUUCAGAUACUUUGAGUUAUCAGCUGUCUGCGGUUAUUUGUAACUGGAGGGGUACACAGCCCCAAAGGGGAGGGAUAAGAACUGCAGAUCUUAGAUGCUCUAAGAACCCACUACUAUAUAAUCAUUCCUAUGAAAAUCAUUCACGUGCUGGCAGCCGCAAAGGGAGCAUAAACCAGGGACUUUGAUAUCAUGCAGCAGAAGAGCAAAUUAUUUCUUCAGCCUUUGAAGUAUAGUAUUCCUCACCUUGGGAAAUGCAUGCAGAAACAGCAUGUGAAUCACUGUAACUUCGCUGAUCAUUAUUACAAUAGAAUAAAAUUGAAAAAAUAUCACCUAACCAAGUGUCUGCAGAAUAAACCCAGGAUAUCAGAGUUAGCAAGAAACAUCCCAAGUCGGAACUUCUCAUGUAAGGAAUUUUUGCCUAUUAAACAAGAAAACAAAAAAUCCCUCUCAGAAAACAUGGAUGCAUUUGAAAAAGUGAGAACAAAAUUAGAAACACAGCCACAAGAAGAAUACGAAAUCAUCAAUGCAGAGAUUAAACAUGGUGGUUUUGUUUAUUAUCAAGAGGGCUGCUGUUUGGUUCGUUCCAAAGAUGAAGAAGCAGACAAUGAUAAUUAUGAAGUUUUGUUCAAUUUGGAGGAACUUAAAUUAGAGCAACCCUUCAUUGAUUGUAUCAGAGUUGCUCCUGAUGAAAAAUAUGUAGCUGCCAAGAUAAGAACUGAAGAUUCUGAAGCAUCUACCUGUGUAGUUGUGAAGCUCAGUGAUCAACCUGUAAUGGAAGCUUCUUUCCCAAAUGUGUCCAGUUUUGAAUGGGUAAAGGAUGAAGAAGAUGAAGAUGUUUUAUUCUACACCUUCCAGAGGAACCUUCGCUGUCAUGAUGUAUAUCGAGCCACUUUUGGUGAUAACAGGCGUAAUGAACGUUUUUACACAGAAAAAGACCCAAGCUUUUUUGUUUUCCUUUAUCUUACAAAAGACAGUCGUUUUCUCACCAUGAAUAUUAUGAACAAGACCACUUCAGAGGUGUGGUUGAUAGAUGGCAUGAGCCCUUGGGACCCACCAGUACUUAUCCAGAAGCGAAUACACGGGGUCCUUUACUACAUAGAACACAGAGAUGAUGAAUUAUACAUUCUCACUAAUGUUGGCGAGCCUACAGAAUUCAAGCUAAUGAGAACAGCUGCUGAUACCCCUGCUAUUAUGAAUUGGGAUUUAUUUUUCACAAUGAAGAGAAAUACCAAAGUUGUAGACCUGGACAUGUUUAAGGAUCACUGUGUUCUGUUCCUGAAGCAUAGCAAUCUACUUUAUGUUAAUGUGAUUGGUCUGGCUGACGAUUCAGUUCGGUCUCUAAAGCUCCCACCUUGGGCCUGUGGAUUCAUAAUGGAUACAAAUUCAGACCCAAAGAACUGCCCCUUUCAGCUUUGCUCUCCUAUACGCCCCCCUAAGUAUUACACGUAUAAGUUUUCAGAAGGUAAACUGUUUGAGGAAACUGGACAUGAAGACCCAAUCACAAAGACUAGUCGUGUUUUACGUAUAGAAGCCAAAAGCGAGGAUGGAAAAUUAGUGCCAAUGACUAUUUUCCAUAAAACGGAUUCUGAAGACUUGCAGAAGAAACCUCUCCUGGUACAUGUAUAUGGAGCUUAUGGAAUGGAUUUGAAAAUGAAUUUCAGGCCUGAAAGGCGGGUGUUGGUGGACGAUGGAUGGAUAUUAGCAUAUUGUCACGUUCGGGGAGGUGGUGAGUUAGGCCUCCAGUGGCAUGCUGAUGGCCGUCUAACUAAAAAACUCAAUGGCCUUGCUGACUUAGAGGCUUGCAUUAAGACACUUCAUGGCCAAGGCUUUUCUCAGCCAAGUCUAACAACCCUGACUGCUUUCAGUGCUGGAGGGGUGCUUGUGGGAGCAUUGUGUAAUUCUAAUCCAGAGCUGCUGAGAGCUGUGACUUUGGAGGCACCUUUCUUGGAUGUUCUCAACACCAUGAUGGACACUACACUUCCUCUGACAUUAGAAGAAUUAGAAGAGUGGGGGAAUCCUUCAUCUGAUGAAAAACACAAGAACUACAUAAAACGUUACUGUCCCUAUCAAAACAUUAAACCUAAGCAUUAUCCUUCAAUUCACAUCACAGCUUAUGAAAACGACGAACGUGUACCUCUGAAAGGAAUUGUAAACUAUACUGAGAAACUCAAGGAAGCCAUCGUGGAGCAUGCUAAGGACACCGGGGAAGGUUAUCAAGCCCCCAAUAUUAUUUUAGAUAUUCAGCCUGGAGGCAGUCAUGUGAUUGAGGAUUCUCACAAAAAGAUUACAGCCCAAAUUAAAUUCCUGUAUGAGGAACUUGGACUUGACAGCACCAGUGUUUUCGAGAAUCUUAAGAAAUAUCUAAAAUUCUGAAAUGCUGCAUUCAGUGGAAAUUGGAAACACACUGAAAUAUUUCAUAGUCAUAUUUCCAGUUACAUUAACAAAAGUGAGUUUUUUAAGUUAGUAAAUAAUUUUUAAAAUUUGCUUCUCUGUCCAGAUUUUGUUUUGUAUACAGCUCACUUGCUUAUACCGUUGUCUCCAUUGAUGCACACGCCCCUUAACCUAGGAAAGUAGUUUUCAAACCAUGCUCUGUAGAAGGACAUAGAGAAGGGAGUGAAGGAAGGAUUGGUGACAGCAGAACUUUCCCCUUUCCCGCAUCAGAACAGGUUUGUUUUACUCUGAUUUUCUUUGAACAGUUUACAAAUCAAGGUCCUGCUUCUUUGCUAGUGAACAUUUUUAGAUACUCUAGCAGUUAAGUCAUCCUCCAGUUUCUGUACCUGCAUUUUAUGGAAGAAGAUGAUAUUCCUCACAUUAAAAUUCAUUAGAUCUCUCUAAUAUUCUGGAGUCCUAAGGUGCUCUGAUCAUCUCUUAUUGAUGCUAACUCAAAAAAAUUACAAGUUCCUGCAAGGGAUAAUUUUCUUUUAAACACUUUAUUAUUCUUGAAAAACAUUUGAGAACCUAUCCUAAAGCAGUUUCACUCAAGCUACAGAAAUAUCUAAGAAUUACCGAUCAUAAAGUUCACCCAGCAGCAUGCUGCUGUACGUGAAGUUACUGCAAAUGCUUACAAUAGAACAGAAUGCCAGCGUCGCCAUCUCUUUCACAGAGGUGCCUAACACAAGCUGUACAGUAUGUUCAAUACACUGGAAUAGCAUGCCCGGUUGGAAACAAAACAUCUAUCUUGGAAUGCUGUUUGGUGAUGAAGGAGAUUCCUCGUGUUGUAUUCAAGGAUGAGUCCUUCUCCUUUGUCCAGUGUAAUGGCAUGCGUAUCAACUUCACGGCCUUUGUAGGCAGAAUUGGUACUUAACCUUAUCCUUACUCUUGUGGGAAUAUCUGAAAUCAUUUCCUUUAGAUUUAGCAGUGAUAAGUCUCCAAAAUUCAGAACCAUGAGGAAGACUCUGUCUAUGCCGUCCAGCUCUCUUGUGUACACAACAGAGUGGUUGUCAUUCCUCAAGUAGCAAAACCAGCCCCUGCUGAGGAGCAGCUCAUUGGCAUGAAGCAGACUUAAUUCUUGAUAUAACUUCAGUGCUGAUCUGGGCUGAGUCUUUUGGACCUAUUUUUUUAAAAAAGAAUAUUCAUAUAAAUGUUUGAUUCUAAGAGUAUCAAAUAAGGAAUUAUUUCCCCAGAAAACUUGCUUCUAUUUUAACCCUUAAAACAACUACCAACUUUUAAGUAUUAAUAAGUAGGUAAGAAUAGUUUAUUUAACUACCGAUAGAAACUACAAAUUCAGGGUUUCACCUUGUCUGGGAGUGACUGCUGCGUGCACAGUUCUCUGCUACAUCUUGGCCAGAGCUGAUGUAGAGGCCAAAUUUGACUCCACUAAAUGUCCGUGUUUAAGUUAAUGGAUAUUUAACUUGCCUAAAGAAAGUCCCUUUAUGCUAUAUUUAACUGGCAGAAAAGCAGCCAUCAUGGCCAUGGACUCCGAGCACCUCUCGUGAACUGGAGUUCUCUGUUCUCUUCUGUAGAAUAAUGUGUAGGUUGGUGUAACAUUAACAGAUGCUAAUUAUGAACAGAAAAUUGCAGAAACGGAUGCAAAGCAAAAUGCUGCCUAAAGUGAAAGUUAAAAUAUGCCCAUUAAAGAAGAUUGGGAUUAAUUUUAACAGCUGUAUAAAAUAUACAUAAUUUAAUGUACUUUUCUUGUUUUCCUUUAACAUUUUAAGCAUCUUGUUAUAUUAAAUGUCAUUUUAAUGGCAGAAUAAUAUUCUAAUGAAUAGUUAUACGAUACUUAAUCAUUCCCUUUCAUUUUGACAUUCAAGUUUCUAAUAUGCUUCCCCCAUAUUUGGAUUACUUAUUUAAGAUAUAAAUAUCAGAAAGACAAUUAUUAUGUCAAGGAGUAUGGAUACUUGAUACAUAAUGCCAAAUUUGUCUUCAUAAAAGCUGUUGCCAAAUCAGUGAUAGCAUUCAUUUCAUUGUAGUCUUGCCAGCCAUGUUGACCUCAGAGGUACUGGUGGUUGUUUGGGGCAGGUGCGUAAUGUGUGGUGUUUAGUGAAUAUCUAAUGAAUGUCUGAAAAAAAUGUUUAUUCUGUGUUUAUCAGGUACAAAGGUGUUUAUGGUACAUGUAUAUGGUAUAUGUAUAUGACUUGUCAAAUUACUACUAACGUUUUCUAUAGCCUUAGAUAAUGCAUGAAAAAGCAUACUUCAGUGCCACUCACAUAAGAAGUGCCCAGUAAGUGUUAACUAUUAUUUUUGUCUACUUCAUUUACCACUUUCUAGAAGUAUGUUGAAGUGUCUCUCUGUAAUUGUUGAUUUAUCAGUCUUUAAUUGCAUUUCUCAUAGUACUUGUUUUAUACAUUUUAAAGGUAUUGUUAGAUGCAUAGAUUCAUGAUUUAUAGGGGAAUGUUCUUUCAUCAGUUUUUGAAAAUCACCUUUGUCUCAUGCUUUUCAUAUUGAAUUCUAUUUUGUCUGCUAUUAAAUAUUUCCACAUCUGCUUUUUGUAACUAUAUUUUUUUAAAUAGAAAAUUGCAUGCAUACAAUAUAAAAUUCAAUUAUAAGAAUAAUAUAUAAAUGGUUUUCUUCAACACUAUCCCCUAGCUUCCCAUUUUCUCUCCCAGAGAUAGACGCUAUAAUUGUUUAUAUUCUUUCAUUUUAUGUUUCAUAUGAAAUACAUUCUGUGCCUAUGCAGACAUAGGUAGACAUACUUUUCCCUUGUUUACACAAAUAGUGGCAUGUUACCAUUAUGUACGCUGUUUUUUUAAUUAUUUAGUACAUGUUAGAGGUGGUCUCUUAUCAAUGCACAGAGAACUCCCUCAUUCUUUUUCACAGCUGCGUACUUGUCUCUCAUAUAGAUUAACCAUAAUUGAUUCAACUGGCUUUCUAUUGAUGAAAUAUAUAAAUCAUUUCCAGAGUCUUCUGCUAUUAAGAA